AAGAGCCUCUGGUUAAUGCUGUCCCUGUUGGGAUGUGAUGCUUUUGUUUCCUUUCUUUCUUCCUUGCCUUCUCCUCCUGGCUGUGUCCCAGGGCAGCACACGUGGCAGGGCUGGAUGUCUCCAAGGGUCAGAGCCACAACGAUGUGCACAGCAAAUAAAGUGCAAGAUGAUGCUUGAGGGAGCUGCGAGGGAGCAGCUCCUGGAAGUUCCCAUGUUCCUUUUGAAGGCAGCUGCAGGCAGGGAGCAAAAGGAGAGUUGGAGGGUGGGUACGUGUUGCUGCCAAUGCUCCUGGUGAGCACUGUCCCCAGUGCUGGGGUCUGUGACGUGGGGACAAGAGCAGGGGGACGUGGCCCUUGCUGCUGGGUGCUCACCCAGGAACCUCCCAGUGCUGCCAGCAGCCCCAGUCAAGGCUGAGAAGUUGUUUCUGCCUUUGGACUCCCUGCUGUCUGGGUGUUCAGCGAGAUCAGAACCAGUGGAAUUUAAGGCUUUGAAAGGAAAAGGUAAAGCUCUGAUAGCAAAGGGAGAAGUGACUCCCAGUGCUGGUGCUUUCAGAUCAGCCCUGCACAAGGUACAGGACUCCAUGUGCAGGUCAGGGACGAAUCCAGCCUUGGCCACUGCAAGUGGUUAGAUCCUGGAGGAAGGGGGUAAAAAUUAACCCCUUCCUUUUUGCCUUGGGGAUGCAAAGUUUUUGCUAACUGGUUGUUAGAAUGGCUUUUUGAGCAAAAUAAUAGGGCAGAAAUUGGUGAAAGAUAUGUUUCAUGAUCACCUUCAAACUCUGCAGCUCCCUUAGAUGAGACUCCAGAGCAGCACUUUUGGUCUUCUGCUCCCUAGGCACGAGAAGAGGUAAGUGCAUGUGAGGGUGUUAAAAUGUGGCUGCUUCUGCCCAUUUUCCAUCAAAGCAGUAGCUGUGGCACAGCCUCCAAAGCAGGGAAAUAGCCACCGUCUUUGUUUUUCCCUGGGGCAGAGGGCUGGGAGGGGAGCAGGAGCAGACAGGCUGCCCGGGAAGCAUCCCAGGUGCCAUCCCCUCCUGUGGCAGGACCUGAGCCCGUCUGGGCUCUGCCGGCUGUGCCUGUCCCGGGGUGGGCAGUGACCCUUCACCAAGGUUAGCUGGGGACUCGGGGCUCACUGGGCUGCUCAGGAUGGCUGCGACCUCCAGCCGGGCUCUGCCCUGGGAGUUGUCUGGGGUCCCUCCGGCCACCGAGGAGGUGACGGGUGUGGGGAGAGGGGAACACGCGGGUAGGCGAACGGAGCAUCUCCGAGCAGCACAUUCCCCUCCUCCCCCUUCGUCCCCAGACACAAAGCUGCUGUUAACUCCCCUGAAGCGCUCAGGGGACGGGUGUGCUGGAGCGAUGGGAGCCGCACCCGUGCGUGUGCGCACCUUCCCCGUGCACAGCCGGGGCCGCGCUGCCUCCGCCGGGGUGCUGCCCAGCCACCUCCCCUGCCUCUCUGCCUGGGCAGGAGCGCGGGCAGCUCCGCCUGCCCUGGCUUGGCUUUGCAGGGCAACGCGUGUUUUAAAAGCCUGAUCGCUGCCGAGGCAGCCCGGGACGCUCCCGGGGAGGGAUGCUCUCCUGCCACCCCUGCUAGCCCGGCGGAGGCAGCAGCGCAGUGUUGAAGGCUUCGGGGGACGCCAGGACAGUCCCUGUGGUAUCCCCACAGUGGUGAUGACAGCGAAGAGCAAUGGCCUGCAGAGCUCAGCAGCCAACCUCCACCCCGGCCCACCCACCCAAACCCGAGUGGAGGGGGACAUGGAAGGGACAGGGCCCAGCACCAGGAGGACCUGCUCAACCCAGGAUGACACCUCCUCAGAGCUGUGGAGAGGAGCUCCCCUGGAUGGGGAGGAGCAGACAGCUGCCUCUGCUUUCCAAGGCCGGAGAGCCUUGGCCAGGAUAGCCCGGCUGGUGCUGGUGCUGAGGGACUGGGCCAACAGGAGCUUGCACGAGGAGCAGCAGAGGCCAGACCCCUUCCUGGAGCGCUUCCAAGGCCCUGAGCUCCCGACAGUGGCUGCAGGCACUGGUGAUGAACCAGAGGAUGAGGAGACUGAGAAGUUAAACUACAAGAGGAAAUGGCAGUUCUUUGUGGUGGACCCUGCUGGGGACUGGUAUUACCGUUGGCUGGCUGUGAUUGCAGUUCCUGUCCUCUAUAACUGGUGCUUGCUCGUAGCCAGGGCUUGCUUCACUGACCUGCAAGAGACCUACGUUGUCCUGUGGCUGGUGUUAGAUUACAUCUCAGAUGCUCUCUACAUUGGGGACACAGUGAUCCGCCUGCGCACAGGGUUUUUGGAACAGGGCCUCCUGGUUAAGGACCUGAAGAAGCUACGGGAUAACUACAUCCACACCCUACAGUUCAAGCUGGAUGUUGUCUCUGUCCUGCCCACAGACCUGGCAUACUUUGCAGUGGGAUUGCACUGCCCUGAAUUACGUUUCAACAGGUUGCUGCACUUCUCCCGGAUGUUUGAGUUCUUUGAUAGGACUGAGACCAGAACCAGCCACCCCAACAUCUUCCGCAUCAGCAACUUGGUUCUUUACAUCCUGGUCAUCAUCCACUGGAAUGCAUGCAUUUAUUAUGCCAUCUCCAAGGCCAUAGGCUUUGGAGAGGACACCUGGGUCUAUCCCAAUGUCACAGACCCCGAAUAUGGGCAUCUGACCCGGGGGUAUGUCUACUGUCUUUACUGGUCUACGUUGACUUUGACCACCAUCGGAGAGACCCCUCCCCCUGUGCGGGAUGAAGAAUAUCUCUUUGUGAUCUUCGACUUCCUCAUCGGGGUCCUCAUCUUUGCCACCAUUGUGGGGAAUGUGGGAUCCAUGAUAUCCAACAUGAACGCCACCAGGGCAGAGUUCCAGGCAAAAAUUGACUCCAUCAAGCACUACAUGCAGUUCCGCAAGGUGAGCAAAGACUUGGAAACCAAAGUCAUCAAGUGGUUUGACUACCUGUGGACCAACCAGAAGGCAGUGGACGAACGGGAGGUCCUCAAGAACCUCCCUGAUAAGUUAAGGGCAGAGAUUGCCAUCAACGUUCACCUGGAGACACUGAAGAAGGUGAGGAUUUUCCAGGACUGUGAGGCAGGACUGCUGGUGGAGCUGGUGCUGAAGCUUCACCCUCAGGUGUUCAGCCCAGGGGAUUACGUUUGCCGGAAAGGGGACAUUGGGAAAGAGAUGUACAUCAUCAAGGAGGGGAAGCUGGCUGUGGUGGCGGAUGAUGGAACCACACAGUAUGCUCUGCUCACUGCAGGAGGCUGCUUUGGUGAGAUCAGCAUCCUCAACAUCAAAGGGAGCAAAAUGGGCAACAGGCGCACGGCCAACAUCCGUAGCUUGGGCUACUCUGAUCUCUUCUGCCUGUCAAAGGAAGAUCUUAUGGAAGCAGUCACAGAGUAUCCUGAUGCCAGAAAGAUUUUGGAGGAGCGUGGCCGGGAGAUACUGAUCAAGGAAGGGCUGCUGGAUGAGUCAGCUGCAGAGGAAAGCACAGAAGGGAAGAGCAUGGAGGAGAAGCUGGACAGGGUGGCCUCGAACCUGGACACACUGCACACCCGCUUUGGCCGGCUCCUGGCAGAGUACAGUGAUGCCCAGAUGAAGCUCAAGCAGCGCAUCACUGCUCUGGAGUCCAAGAUGAGGCAGCAGGAACUGGAGGACUUCUUCUCUGACAGCUCAGACAGUCUGCUUGAGGACGAGGAGAAAGCUUCGCCUGGUGGGAUGCACUGAGGGGGAGCAGAGGUGAACUGGAUUGAUGUCUGCCUUGCACUGAGACAGUUUUUGCUGUUUCACAAGGCAGAUCCUGUGGCUGCCUUGCCAAGGACUUCUCUCAAGUCCUUAGUGUUGCUGCUGCCACUGCCUUGAUGGCACCUGAUAUGGCUCUAAGUCAAGGGAUUGUUGUGGCUCCUCCUCCAUCCUGUCCCUUUUCUCGUUGCCUUGAUCUGAGACCUUGGACUUGGGUCACUAAAAAGAGGAGAAUGGUUAAUGCCACAGAUGACACUUCCUUCCAGCUCCUCCAAAAGGUCUGUGCCCACCAACCCUCCUUCCUUGUGUUUGCCUUAAUAGAAGGUGGGACAUGAACCUGGCAUGGAGAGACCAAAACACAAGCCAGAUAUUUACAAAUGCUUUUUGUGUUCAGCCUUUAUAACUCACUUUUGGUAAUUAGUCCCCACAGAGUGUCUGUGAACGCUCAGUCUGCACCGAGAGACUCCUUACCUUCAAGAUUCCAAAACUCAACUGAGACAGGCCAAACUGUACCUUCUAUGUCUGCAAAAGGAGAGGAUUUGUGGGUCACUGUCACUGCCCAGAUCAUCAGCACCCAUGCUGAGGCUGGAAACUGAGCUGGCAGGGCCUGCAGCUGCUGCCUCCUGAUGCCUCUCUUUUCCCUUCUUCUCUAUUUGGUGCAGGUGGUUUGGUACCCAGAGCACCUUCCUGAGGAUGCUGUUGCCAAGCCCUCCCACUGCAGAGCCAGUGGGAUUCCCAUUUGGGCUGUGGAUGUCUUGGAUGACAAGUGCAAUACCGAGGUACAGGGCUGGUUGUGCUACGUGCAGGAGGAAGACACAGACUGUCUUUCUCCUCUAUCUGAUGACAGCCAGAUGUGCCAGGAAGAGUUUGACUGAAAUGACAUGUUUUUAAGGAACAGAGCCAUGGUGGGAGCCAACUGUGCCCAUAUUUGCUUUGCUGUGGGUAGCUCAGAGAGAGCGCAGAACACAUUUAUUUUCUUAGGCAGGAGGUUUUCUUGUACUCAGUGGGAGUUUUGGGGCUUUGCACGCCAGUUGCCUCCUGGAGGAGAAAUGAGUGGCAGUGCCACGGGGACACGUGUGAGGGUGGAAACGUGGCACCACUGUGUGUGCCAGCAAAGCCCUGCUGCAGCCCUGUGGGCUCCACGGUGUGAGCAGCUUGAUGGUGAGGGGUGCAGUGCAGGAACAGCCCCAAAGAUCUGCAAGCAGCAGCAACUUCAGCACAAGCAGCAGUGCCACCCGUGCCUCAGGGUACCGGGGAGGUGCUGGAACCAGAGAAUGCAACCUCUUUUCUUGCUUCUGACCCAUGUGUUGGCAUGUAGGGCACCCAUGUGGCAUCUGUGGGGUGGGCUAGGGCUGGUUUCCAGCAGAACGUUUGGUGGAGAAGGAGAUUCAUGUGCUGGGUGAAAUCGAGCUGAGAGUUUGGCUAAAAUAACAGGAUGACGCAUAGGGAAGCAUCAACUCAGAAAGGUUGAUAGUGGAAAACAGGUUAUUUCCUUUGUCCUUUCUUUUGCCUCCAACGUGAGACUGCCUCUCUUCAUUUCAUAUGAACAUUUUCCUUUUAAAAACAAUGGCCUUGCUUUUUUGGGAUUGGUGGGGUAGGAACGAUUACAUUAUCAAAAUUAGAAUUUGGGGUGAGAUAAGAAGGUAUUUUUUAUCAUCUCUAAAUUAAAUUGUAGAUUUUCUGUUUGUUUGUUUGUGUUU